UCACCAGGGGCGGGGCUAGUAUCGCUGCUCUCCGGCGGAAGUGUCUGUCUACCCGCAAAGUGAAGAACAUGGCGGCGCUCCGUGUGGUCGUGUUCUCCGGUACCGGGAGAGCCCUCCUAAACACAUCCAAAUGGUUUCAAACUCCACGGGCCAACAUGUCAUUUGCUAGCCUGCCGAAGGGUAGAAAGAUCGCUCUGACCACGAUUGGAGUGUUGACAACAGGAGGAGCAGGUCUGGCUCUGAUGCUCCAGCAGUCAGUCAAAGCCUCAGAUCUGGAACUUCACCCACCCUCAUACCCCUGGAGUCAUAAUGGCAUGAUUUCCUCCCUUGACCAUGCCAGUAUACGUCGUGGGUACCAGGUAUAUAAGCAGGUUUGUGCGGCCUGCCACAGUAUGGAGUACUUGGCCUUCCGUAACUUAGUGGGUGUUUCACACACAGAAGAUGAAGCCAAGAUCCUGGCUGAGGAGAUUGAAGUGGUCGACGGUCCUGAUGAGUCAGGUGAGAUGUUCACCCGACCUGGUAAGCUAUCCGAUUACUUCCCCAAGCCGUACGCCAACCCUGAGGCUGCCCGUGCUGCCAACAACGGCGCUCUUCCCCCUGACCUCAGCUAUAUCGUCAAUGCUAGGCACGGAGGUGAAGAUUAUGUGUUUUCGCUUCUGACUGGUUACUGCGAUCCACCAGCUGGUGUUAGUUUGAGAGAAGGCCUUUAUUACAACCCUUAUUUCCCUGGCCAGGCCAUUGGUAUGGCGCCACCUAUCUACAAUGAGGUGCUGGAGUUUGAGGACGGAACCCCUGCCACCAUGAGCCAGGUUGCUAAAGACGUCUGCACUUUCCUGAGGUGGGCUGCAGAACCGGAGCAUGACCAACGCAAACGCAUGGGCCUGAAGCUUUUGAUGGGUGCUUCUGUACUUCUACCCCUGUUGUAUUACAUGAAGAGGCACAGGUGGUCUGUGCUGAAGAGCAGAAAGAUUGCCUACAGGCCUCCCAAAUAAAUCCAUCCAGCUGCCUUCAGCAGGCCUUGACACAACGUAAAACCUGAUUCACGUUUGUCCGAUCUUUUACAGAAUGCACAAUGUAUCAAGAUAAGGUUGCAAUCGUCAAUAACCGCCGGACAUCCUUGCAAUUAGUUCUCCUUUCUCUUAAAUGACUUGGGGAGUGGGGCUUGAGACAGACACGUGAUAUUGUACUGUAAAACAAACAUUAUGUAAAGGAAUUUUGGUUGUCUGCAAGGGAAUGUGUUCAGAGGAGAAAGUCAAAAAUACACAUGCAACCUUCUUGUGCUUUGUGAGCUCUGUCUUUGCGGUAGAUUUCUCUACACGUUGUUGUGUAAAUAUUUAAUAAAACCAUUAUACCCAAUGAAA